GGUGGUAGGACAGUUUACUACGAUCUCGAAUCGCCGUUAUGAUUUCUCACUCAUUCUCAUUCAUUUGACGGUGCUGCAAGGUGUUGGCUGCGUAGCUAUUUUUGCGCCUAAACUCUUCUCAUUUUAAUCCCCAGAUAAAGGUUUGUGUUUUUUGUUCUGUCACCGCCAAAACAACAACGAAAACAUGUCCUGGUAUUAUACGCCUGUCCCUACGGUGCUCGCGGUGGAGGGGUUUGAUGCUUCCGCGGAUGCAAAUGCAUUGCGUGGCGCAAUGAAGGGCUUCGGUACGGACGAGCAGGCCAUCAUCGACAUUCUUUGCGCUCGUAGCAACGCCCAGCGUCAGCAAAUCAUGGAGCAGUAUAGCAGUGAGCUGGGUCGGGAUUUAAUUGAGGACUUGAAAUCCGAACUGGGAGGCAAGUUUGAAGACGUCAUCGUCGGUUUGAUGAUGCCACCGGAGAAGUAUCUGUGCAAGCAGUUGCACAAAGCGAUGGACGGUAUGGGAACAGAUGAGGACACACUCAUCGAGGUUCUUGCACCGCAAACCAACGAAGAGGUGAAGAAAAUCGUCGACUGUUACGAGGAAAUGUACAGCCGACCAUUGGCAGAGCAUUUGUGCAGUGAAACCGAUGGUAGCUUCCGGCGGUUGCUUACCAUGAUUAUCGUCGGUGCUCGCGAUCCCCAGGGUACGGUCGAUGCUGAUCUUGCUGUGGAGCAAGCAAAACAGCUGUACGAUGCCGGUGAAGGCAAGCUCGGUACGGACGAGGAAGUGUUCUACAAGAUCCUUGCCCAUGCCUCCUUCGAUCAGUUGGAGAUUGUGUUCGAAGAGUACAAGAAGCUUUCUGGCCAAACGAUCGAGCAAGCCAUGAAAAGCGAAUUGAGUGGUGAGCUUUACGAUGCACUGAGCGCGAUCGUGGAAUGCGUCCAGAUGGCACCGCAUUUCUUUGCCAAACGGCUGCAUAAAGCUAUGGAUGGGGCUGGUACGGACGAUGAGAAGUUGAUCCGUAUCAUUGUGUCACGUUCGGAAAUCGAUCUGCAGAACGUAAAGGAUGAGUUCGAGCAGAUGUACAACAAGACGCUGUUGAGCGCUGUGCGGAACGAGUGUUCCGGAGACUACAAGCGUGCUCUCUGCGCCUUGAUCGGCGGUGCCUAAGGAUAUGACGGAAGGACGAUUGAGUAUAUUCACAACUAAUUUCCACACCACAUAAAUACACAGAAAGCCAACGAUAUUUAUCAUACGCACUUUAGUUAACGUAUGCAAAUCAAAAAAAAAAAACAAUGAACGCGCCAUCGCUGUUCAAUUUAGCAACAGUUCCUGGAACUUUGCUAGAUGGUGGCCUUUUAGCGAAGUGUCUGGCGCUUAUUCAAUGUUGUAGCCUUUGAUCGGUUUGCCUUACGCUACGUUACGCUAGAAACAAACAGUAUUUUAAUGCACAACAAUUGGGAAUAAAGCAUUUAAUGUGACCGUAAAUCAA